AUGGGCCAACAUCAAAAGGAAAACAGCGCGGGCAGCACGGGGAAAACGUGGGAGGAGGGCGCUUUUCUACUGAAGUUUGUCUUCCAAAAGUCUCGAGUAGCUGAGCUAUAUCUAUCUCUCCUCUCCAAGCUAUCUGGCUUGUCCAAUAAUGUUCAAGUGGGUAAUACGCGAGCGAAGGCGCUUGGACAAGAAUCGUGGUCAUAUGAAUUUCUUCUUCAAAUCAAACUCCAAACCAAACUCCUGAAGAAGAAGAAGAAGAAGAAGAAGAAGAAGAAGAAGAAGAAGAAGAAGACGGGAAAUGAAGAAAUGAAGAAAUGA